AUGGACGCUGAUCCAGCGCAAUUACUACAAUAUUAUCGCAGAGCUGCAGAAGAUGCAGGUGUCUUUAAACGACAAGGUCCAGAUGAACCCACGUCGACGGGCUCUACGCUCCCUCCAGAAUCUUCUACGGCACUCACAUCGUCACUUUCGACUGCUUCAACUGCUUCAACACUUUCAACGGCUUCGACGCGCUCAACUGCAUCCACUUUGUCCACUCGUUCCACCCAAUCCUCAAGUUCAAGCCGCCCCCCUAGUUCCGCUGUGCCCAGUUCAUCUACAGCGAUUAUGACCACGACUUCAUCCGCAAUCCAAACAACCGAUUCGCAGGGACAAGUCAUUACUAGCUUCAUUUUUGUCUCAGCAACGAGUACCGUACCUGCUACCACCGGAGGCGGAACUCAGGGUAAAUCGACUAAUACGGGUGCGAUUGUGGGUGGAGUUGUCGGAGGGAUCGCGCUCGUUGUCCUCGUUGCUCUUGGCAUAUGGCUUGUGCGCCGGAAGAUGAAGAAGGAUGAGUUUGAAGCAAACAUCUUUGAUCUAGACCGAAACGUAGAACGUCCGACAUCUAUGCGACCCGGUCAAAACUUUGAUAUGGCUGCUGCGGGUGUCACUGCCGGGCGAACGAGCGCAGCCGAAAGAGAGGCAACGAAUGUGACACCCUAUCCAUAUGCUCCCACAUCAACUGGACCUGCAACGGCGUCUCAUUACGGAUCAAGUGUAGGUGGUCAGCCCGAAAUGCAACAAGCGCAUACUGGACUCGCAUAUUAUCACGAUGUGCCACAAGCCACAUACCAGGACAACAAUUAUGGUAAUUGGAACGCGAAUACGCCUACAGUCAACGUCGGAGAAACGUUCCCGAACCCAUACGGGCCUAACUAUCACCCAGCGGCGAUGGGAGGUGCUGCGGCGGCUGGUGGUGCCGCUGCCAUUGCUGCUCACCGUGGCUACACAACCUCUCCGUCGAAUGCGUCGUCCUACCCGGCUUCUAGCUAUCCACCUACAUCGGUUUACUCGCCUCCACCACCAGACACUGGCCGUAUCUCUCCCAACUCACCCCCGAUGGCAGCGGGAACAUCCCUUGCGCCGACGAAUGCCCGUAGUGCAAAGGAGCGCGAAGCAUUCUCGCGGACGUACCAAAAUCAGGGUUAUAUGGUCUCAAAUCAGAGCGAAACCGGUGCACCAGCCCGCUCGAAUCCUUCCCCUACGCCGUCUCGCUCGUCCGCAGCUGGAGGAGCUGGCCCAACGUCGCCUGUUCGUGUCCAUCAGGAUGGUGGACGCGUACCGGAUGCAGAUGAUGAUGACGCGGCUGGGGAGAUUCCGCCAACGUACGACUCGAUACCUCGUGACCACGUUGCGAGGUGA